GGUCUGGCAGGAGUCUCCGCGCUUUCGUGGACAUAUAAAGGAGGGUUUGCGCUGUUUGAGUCACACUUUCUCUGAGUUUGUCAGAAAAAUCUAGUAAAAAUUAACCAUGUCAGGAAGAGGCAAAACCGGCGGAAAAACCCGCGCUAAGGCAAAGACCCGCUCCUCUCGUGCCGGACUCCAGUUCCCCGUCGGUCGUGUUCACAGGCUGCUGCGCAAAGGCAACUACGCUCACCGUGUGGGUGCCGGCGCCCCCGUCUACCUGGCCGCUGUGCUCGAGUACCUGACCGCUGAGAUCCUGGAGCUGGCUGGAAACGCCGCCCGCGACAACAAGAAGAGCCGUAUCAUCCCCCGCCACCUGCAGCUGGCCGUCCGCAACGACGAGGAGCUCAACAAACUCCUGGGCGGAGUGACCAUCGCUCAGGGCGGCGUGCUGCCCAACAUCCAGGCUGUUCUUCUGCCCAAGAAGACCGAGAAGCCCGCCAAGUCCAAGUAAACUACAACAACUCCUCAAGCAAACAAACAAAAGGCUCUUUUAAGAGCCACACACUCACUCUGAGAAACUGCUCAUCCUUCUCUUUAAAAUACAGUAAAACCUUAACUAUAUCUCACGUUUCACUGUUAAUUUGCGCGAUUUGCUCAGUCAUAAAUCAUCUAAAGUACAAUACAAAUGUGCACUCAAUAUAAUAA